GAAGAUGGUGACAGAGACGGAGAGUGCGAACAAGUGAAUGCGUGUGUGUGUGAGUGUGCGAUGUUAUCGUCGGGAGUGGAUUUGAGAAGCAUUGUGCGAGUGUGGCUGUAUUCGCCCAUUUGUGGCUCGUUCGCAGUCAUGGUGUGGAAGGAGUAGAACUUAGCUUCAUCCUGGUCGCAGGGUUUGGCGUUUCCACUGUGGCUAUGGCGCAAGCAAUGCCUCGCUUGCUCUCUCAUCCUACCCCUACUCUGGCCAGUGUUAGGAGGACCUGGAGCAGCAGCAGCGAUGGUCACCUGCGCUCCAAGAGCUCCGUGCCCCUCCGUGUCCCUGCCCUGCCUCAACCCCUCGCUUGCUCUGUGCCUGCCUGGCGUGGUCCUCUUCGAAUUUCCCAUGUCAGGGCCGCGAAUGCUGCUGCUGCAGAGGUUGACCUGCCCAGCCAAGACGACGACGAUGGGGCUCGUGGUCCCACUCCCUCUCCCGAGACUCUCGAGGAAUUCGAGACUCGCCCCAUGCUGGCUGGUUGGAUGCCUCCUCGUUACCUCUGGCGGGCCAUUGCUGCUUUCAUUAUUGCUGGACAGGUGAUAAUCAGGACACUUAGAGGAAGAAUACAUGUUCGGAACACUUUGCAGCAAUUAGAGUUAGUUGGACCACGAUCACUGGGUGUCAGCCUCCUGACGGCCUCUUUCGUUGGAAUGGUUUUCACGAUACAGUUUGUUCGGGAAUUUGCCAGGUUGGGAUUAACUAGGUCAGUUGGAGGUGUGUUGGCCUUGGCGUUGGCAAGAGAGUUGUCUCCUGUGGUGACAGCUAUUAUUAUGGCGGGCAGAGUUGGAAGUGCGUUUGCUGCCGAGCUGGGAACUAUGCAGGUAUCAGAGCAGACAGAUACACUGCGAGUAUUGAGGACAGACCCAGUUGACUACUUAGUGACUCCCCGCGUUAUUGCAUGCUGUUUAGCUCUACCUAUUCUCACCACUAUGUGCUUCGCAGUGGCCAUGGCGGCUAGUGUGCUACUUGCAGACUCUGUUUACAAUGUGAGCGCUAACAUUAUACUUGAAUCUGCCGCAAGGGCCUUGCAACCAUGGGAUUUAAUAAGCACGACAAUUAAGUCUGUUGUGUUUGGCGGUAUCAUCUCCAUUGUGAGCUGCACUUGGGGUGUGACAACACUUGGCGGAGCUAAAGGAGUUGGGGAAUCAACCACGUCAGCUGUGGUCAUUUCUCUUGUCUGCAUAUUCAUAGCUGACUUCAUCCUUUCGUGGGUGUUCUUCCAAGGCGCGGGGGAUGCUCUGAAGGCAGCCAUGGGGCUAGAAUAGUCGAGGCAUUCUCCCUUUUGAUGGUGGAGUGAUUUUGCAAAUUUGAAGACAACUUCUGAAUGGUAACGCAAGUUGCUUUGUAUGAAACCUCUCCAACUGGAUGUAUCCUUUGCUAUCGUUUGGAGACUAUUCGGGUAUCUGUAAUCAGCUUAAGUAUAGUAGGUAUAUUUUGUACAUAUUACUGGUGGCCUGCUUCCCACUCCUGAAAGUGGAUACUUUAGCUUAUGUACAAAAUUAAAGGUAUAGACACAUCCUGGUCGGUGUAAAAUAAAGUUGUCAUACAAUGAAAACAGAGAGCGUAAGCGACCCUUUAUUUUAGUCCCUGCACUGUUGGUCUCUUCAUGUUUGCUCUCUUAACCUCA